AUGGGCGUUGCUAUCCUCUCUGGUGUUAUAGCCAGCUUACAAUCAAGGGCGUUCGAGCAAUCCUUCCCCAAGUGGGAAUCACAUACGCCUGGCACGACCACGCCUGCGAUUGAUACAGGCGAUCCAUCGCUCCCAUCACGAUUUAUAGCGACUGUGACACGCUCCGAAAGCGCCCGCAAGUUACAGGCCACUCUCGAUGCCCUGGGAGGGCUAGGAUCGUCUGUGGAUAUUGUCGUCGGCGAUAACCUGCGUGCUGUGAGUGAAGCAGACGUCGUCCUACUGUGCUGCAAACCCCAGCAGGCCUACUCAAUUCUCAGUCAAGAUGGCAUGAGCGAUGCUUUAACGAGCAAGCUCCUUAUAAGUAUUCUAGCUGGUGUCACCAUUUCUCAACUCACUUCACUGGUGCUACCUACAACGAAGGUUGUCCGUGCGAUGCCGAAUACACCUUGUCGGAUUCGUGAAGGAAUGACAGUAGUCAGCAGCCUCCCUCAAUCGGACGAUAUUGAGCUAGACCGGGACAUUAUCCUCAAGAUCUUCUCCUCGAUAGGUCGCUGUCGCUUCCUGGACGAGAAACAUUUCGAUGCAUGUACUGCGCUCUCAGGAUCUGGUCCUGCCUUCGCGUGCAUCUUCCUCGAGGCAAUGGCAGAUGGCGGCGUUAUGAUGGGUCUACCUCGAGCCGAAGCGCUGGAGUUAGCUGCUCAGAGUAAGGGUUAUAUGUUAAUUCUUGAACGCCACGGUACUGACGGAAUGGAAGCCCUGCAAGGUGCAGCUCGGAUGGCAUUGCAAGCGGGUGCACAUCCUGCCCAGAUCAAGGAUUCUGUCACAAGUAAGUCAUAA